UGACGGCAUUGUAUUUAAAAGUCGUAGACCGAUCAUGCCAUUUAUACCAAUGUGUCAUGCCAAUUUUAUGACCGAUACUGGUUGGACCAGGUUCAACCGAUCGGCAACGCACCGACAUGACCAUCAUUGAUUUUAUAUUUGCAUUGCACUAACGGUGACUCAAUUUCAUAAAAAAUCUUAUGUGCUAGUUAACCAUUUUGUUUUUUAUCGUAAAGUGAAUAAUGUGUCAACUAAAAAAUACAAAAUAAAAAAGAUUAUGUUAAAUUAUUUAAAUUAUAACUUUUUUUUAAUUGGUUGUUGGCUUCAAGGGUUGAAUCUAGAAUGUGAUAGAUGUUCUUAUUCUCACAUUACCACUAAGAGGAGGCUUAGGAUAGGGUCGGUUAGUAAUUAAAUCUGGACCUUUAGAUCUAAGUGGAUGCAGAAAAUUCAGAUCUAAGGGUUGUCAAUUAAAAACAUUUUAUUUUCCCUAGUUUUAUUAAUCGACUCUUAUCUUCUUCGUUCUAACUCGGAUUUCAAUUUUUCUGCACAGAUGGAACAAGUUCGUUGUGCUCUACAAAAUGAGAUCAAUUUUCAAUAUAUUUCGAGAAACUUUUUUUUACCAACUACAUACCAUAUGGUAACUUCUUCGUUUUUAAGUCGUUUAUGAAAACGUUUGCUCAGAAGGAACGAGUUCAUCAUGAUCUAUUGGAUCUAUAAAUUUCUGGGUGAAAAAAAUACUGGAUCAAAAAUUAUCAUACUUUACCACUAUGGUACGUGGGUGCUAACUUGUGGUAACUUGUAGUAAACAAUGAUGAAAGUCGUAAAUAACAGUUAAUAUACUCCUACUAUCAUGUAUUCAACCUUCUUACCAUAUUGGUAUGUUCAUACCAUCAUGGUACGCUUUCUUAACAUAUGGUAUUAAAUAGGAGCAUACCAUAUGGUAAUGACUAGUAAAAAAUUAUUCUUUUUUUUUUUUACUAAAAAUAUAUCAAAGUGUAUAUCAUUUUAAAGAGCACAUUUAAUCUGAUUUAUCUGUGCAAAAAAAAUUAAAUUUCGACUUAAAACGAGAGAGAAAUCGUUCGUUAAAGAUUAAAGAGGAAUAGAUAAAAGACUUUCCAGGAGAGAGAGGAUACUGAUGUUAGGGGUGGAAAACAAUCCGGUCUGGUCAAAACCGGACCGGAUUAACCCGGUUUUUUCCAACCGUUUUGACAAAUAGCCCAACCGAAGACGGGAUUGGAUGGGUACCCGGUUUCAACCAUGACCGGACUGGAUGGGAUACAGUCUGGUCCGGUUUCAACCAAAAACCGGAUAAAACUGCUACCUCCACCAAAACGCAACCGUUUGUAUGAAAAUUGGAGAAAAAUAAAAAUAAAAAACCCUAUCCCACCCCUCGCCAAUCACCCAUACAGAUCCACUUCUCAACCUUCCUGAUUCUUCUUCUCCAUCUGCCUCCUCGCAUCCACUUCUCAACCUUCCCAAUUCAUUCACUCUUUAAGAUCUGCUCGACGCCGGCGAACUUGUGUCGAUGCGAUGACUCCCGCAAAACAGAGGAGGAAGACGAUGGGGGCCCCUUCGCCUCUCUUAUCGCCUCCUCCGGCGUCUUCAUCACCGUCGAUUAAGCAGCAAAGUUCAGAUCUCAUUGAGGUUCUUGCAGACAGGGGCGCCGCCAUCACCAUCUCGCCGCCGUUGAUUCUGCCUUCCCCUUACAUGUCGGGAGUGGCAGGGAAAGAUGGUCAGCGGCGUCGCCAUCACCGUCUCGCCAUCGCCUAUCUCCCACCACCAAUUCUUCUUUUUCCUCCCCCUUGCAUGUCGGGAGUAGCAGGGUAAAGAUGAUCGUCGGUAAUUCGCAAACCGCACAAUUUGUGGGUAAUCAUACUCACAAUUUGUGAAUAGUGGAUUGGAUGUGGGUAUGAGAUACUUUUUUAAGUAAUCAUUGUGCUCGUGGUAUGUGUUUAUUUUAUAACAAAACCAAGUCAAUAAAUGUGGUUUAUAGUUUAUUUAACACUUUAUUAACUUUCUUUUAUGUAGGUUUUUGUUUUUGUAUAAAAAGACGUCAAUUUCGCAACUCGGGAGAGAAUUCCAAUUAUCACUAUAAAAUUCAAAUAAAAAAGCAAAGGAGUCAUGUCGAUGAUAAAUAUGCUAUGUAUAUUUAAAUUAGAUCCCCUUCAACCCAUACUCGUUAUCAACCUGCAUCCUAAAGAAAGUGAAGUGACCUAUAAGCGAGUGAAGUGAACCAAGAAGAGAGAGGUUGACUACUUAGAAAGUUCCGAAUACCGAAUCUUCGCUCGUUCCAUGUCUUGGGCUUCUAACCGUGGAAUUUGGCUUCCGCCGGCUAAUCUUGCUCCCGCGACACACCUCCCUCUCUCCAAGCUUCGACGGACAUGGUCCUGCCUCCUGAUGCUCGCAUCACUUCCCCUCUUCUCUUGGAGGUGCUAGUAUAUUGUACUACCAGCAAAAUCUAUUCUUGGAGGGAUCACAAGGUCGCUUAUGCAGAUAGAGUGCAAUUAGUCUCUUCGGUAUUAUAUUCUCUUGUGCAAUUUUGAAUGACUAUCUUUGUCUUGCCUAUAAUCGCCCAACCAUAUCAGUCUAGAGCUUAUUAGAGUGAUUAAAGAAUAAAUAAUUUUUUAUAGCAUAGUAAACGUCAAAUUUGGUAGUGAUUUUGCAGCUCGUGUUCUUUUAGCUUUCUCGUAGUCAAAUGCCAAAACUAGGGGAAAAUCCAAAAAUACCACUGUUAAAAAAAAUUACAAAAACACCACCUAAUUGAAAAAAAAUUCCACUUCUACCACUAUUUUCUAAAAACCGCUGCCUUGGGAGGCGGUUUAUACAAAAACUGUGAUUGAAGGAGGCGGUUUGUGCUAAACCCUAGCAGAACCGCCUUGGGAGGAGGCGGUUUUAGUGACCGUCGGAUUAGGAGGCGAUCCGACGGCAGACCAGCUACCAACUCAGCGGUCCUUGUCAUGGCGAAGGAACUGUGCCAUCCAGCGGCGGUUUUCAAGAAACACAACCAAAACCGUGGGUGGGAGACACAGUUUUUGGGUUGCAAAAUUACAAACCCCCCCCCCCCACACGGUUCUGAAACUAUAAAUACCCCCCUCCCCCUCCUCAUUUUUCCAUACCAAAACACAUUCUCCUCUUUCUCUCUAAGAUUAGUUCUCUCUAACAUUCCCCUCCCCACCCAAAAAACUAGGAAAUGGUGGUCUGUUGGUUGCGGCUAAGUCAAAACUGGCAUCAGAAAACAUUUCCGAGUUUUUUCCUUCAAAACUCGUCGAAUCUCUGUCCGGUUCCUGAAAAUAUGGCCGAUUUUAUCGAGGAGGAGGGGGUCUUUGUGGAUGACUAUCAAGCUGUACGUACUCAUUUUGCUCUUGUUUUUGUUGUUGUUAUAAUUAUUUUAUUUAAUCUAUAUACUAAUUAAUUUAUAUUGUUGUUAUGCUAUCGUAGGUUGGGUCGGACGUUGAUAUCUACGACCAAAGAUAUUAUGUCGAUCAAGGACCAAUUGAUCCUACCGUGUUAUACAACCAAGAAAAUCAUCGUUCAAGGGAUGUUUGGAACAAUCAUGAGGUACUUAUAAUUUCUCAUGUCUAUAUCUCUUUUAUUUUGUUAACGUAAGUUAGUGGUUUGUAAAUAUUUUAAUUGUUAAUCGCAUUGGUUGUUUUUGCAUUGGGUGAUCACCCACCACCCUCAGAUGUUGACGAGAAACCACAUCGGGGGAGCGGUUUCUAUCAUGUUGACCUAGGGCAGCCUUCAAACCGCUCCUGGGGAGGGCGGUUUGUUGCCCGAACUAAAACCGCUUCCUCCCAGAGCGGUUUCCUGUUAAAACGCCUCCCAAGGUAGCAAUUUUUAGAGAAAGGUAGGGAUGGCAAUUACCCACCCACGGGUAAUUUUACCCAAAUCCAAAUAGAUCCAUUUAGUAUGGGUAGGGUUUGGAUGAAGUGUAUAUGGGUUUGGGUGUUUGUAGAUGGGUUUUGGGUUAGGUAUGGAUAUUGCUUUCAUUAUGUAAAUGGGUAUGGGUUGGAUAUGGAUAUCCAUUUACUUGAGGGUGUUUUAACUACACACACAAAAAUUGGACCUAUUUGUAAAACUCAAAAAUUUUAGGUACCAAAAUGUAAGACCAAAAAAUUUUAGGUACUAAAAUGUAAUUUUCCAUCAAUAUUUUGAGAACUUGUAUGCAAAAAAAAUUAAAUUUAGGUACUAAAUAUGCAUAUCUAUUAAGUUUAGGUACCAAACUGUAAUUUGUCUUUGGGCAUGGGUACAAACCCAAAUCCAUGUGUUAAAAACCCAACCCAACCCAAGUAAAUGAGUAUGGGUACAAAUCCAUCUAACUCUACCCAUCUACCAUUUAUUUGGAAUCCAUACCCAACCCAAUUGGGUUGGAUAGUAAAAUACCCAUGGGUAUGGGCAAAAUUGCCAUCCCUAGAGAAAGGUGGUAUAAGUGGAUUUUUUUUGCAUUGGGUGGUAUUUUGUAAUAUUUUUUUAAAUAGUGGUAUUUUUGGAUUUUUCCCCAAAACUAGCUGCUUGUGCAGGGAAAAUUGGUUUACGACCCCAACCAACGCUAAUGGGGAAAGCAUGGCCAAACACGAGUUGACCUACCACAUAUACUUGGGUUGGAGUCUCAGUUGGCUUGUAUACGACCAUAAAAACUAACCCUAGAUUUCCAUGAUCAUUUUGGGAGAGUUGAGCAAAGGAUCCAACCCAAUAAUCAUACACUUUAGCCAUGGUCUUUUGUUUCGCAUGUCGUGCCUUUUGUACUUGAUUGUGUCAGGGAAACAGUAUGUGGAGAAAACGGAUUGAAGGCGUGAUUUUGAUCACUCUCUUUAGAGUGUUUAUUUGCCCCCACUACUUAGUUGCUGGUAGGAUUUAAGCAAACCACCCCCAGGAGUCCCUCCAAUCAAAGUCAGAAAGCAGCACCUUUCGUGACUUCUGUGGUUGUGUUUUUGGAGAAGGAAAAAACGAGGAGAAGAAGAUGAACGUUGGACGAAAAGUUCGGCUGCAGAAGACUUUUUAUAGUGAAAACGGCAGUUCCCUUCCGAAGGGUUACGUCGUUUCACAAAAGUCAAAAUCAAAUAAUUAUCCGGAUUAAUUAAUUAAAAUAAUUCCGGUAAUUAAUUAGCCAAAAAUUCAAAUCCGAACGCAUCAAAUUAAAUAGCUCACAUUUUUUUCCAAAAACCCACUAAUCACUUUAUGCAAUAACUAAAGUGGGAAGCAAACUUAAAAACAACUUGCACUUUCCUUCUCCCACCAAUGUGGUAUUUCCUUUACUCUUUGACUACUCUAACAGAUUGUGUAGCCAUCAUAGUUUUGACUUCUGUAAUGACAGUUCACCGAUGAUGUUAAGUUGCCUCCACCAAAUGUUUGAUAGUACAAUCCACUUUCUCGGCACGAAGAUGGUGAUAGAUUUGGGAAAGUAUAGACGGGGUGUGUCUAUGUGAAUGUUCUUGCGAAUUAGCCAUGCCCACUUCCUAGUCACCAAUGCAAUCCAAACGCGACACAUGAAGCCUUCAUGAUCGUUCAAGCAUUGGACAUGUAUUUAAUUUUUUUUAUAGAAUUUAGGGCAUGAUACUAAGAUUCCUCUGUCAAAUCAUCUAGAACCUCACUCUUUUGACCAUUGUUGCAAUGUCAUCCCCACCUCAAAUGACCGAGUUGGAUCCACCCAUAUGCAAUGGGAUCAAAUUUUGGGUUUUUGUUGUGAACAUACAGGGAACAUGAUGGGAUUAUCAUUGUGUAGUGUCGCGUGCGAGGUUCAUCUAACUCUCUUAACCUCAUCGUCCCCAACAUACCUUUCACCCCUUCAAUGCUCACCGAUGCCAAAUCUCUACAUCUUCCUCUUCUAUGCUUUGCUUGGUUAAUCACAACUCGAAUUUAGUUCAUCAUAAGUUGUCCUUAGAAGCUUCAAUGAAUAGUGUAAUUAGUGACAUCGUUCCUUCCUCGCCUACAUUUGACUCGGUCGAUGGUGAUUCAUUUGUCAGCUAUGCACUUGUUAUGGUGAAUUCUGAGCCUCUAGUUUUAUGCAGUUUGAAUUCUCCACUAUCUGGGAUCAACAUUGCAAGCACACCAUUAAAUACCAAGAAAAGGG